GAAGUCUUCUCUGGGCCAGUUUUAGCCUAACCUUGGACCGAUCAGGGACAUACUCGUCACUGCGUAACCCCCGGGCUUUUUAUUGGAGUCCUCUCCCCCGUUUGUAUUUGACCUUUGACCCAGGAUCCUCGCCCGCUGGCCCGCUGGCCAUGGAUCUGGAAUCCGCUCUGCCCUGGUAUCAUCAUCGAGCGAAGGGUGGGUGGCCCACCGGCUCGUCGAUAUUUUCCCUAGCUUCUAGGGAGCGGGAAGCGUCCAGUCCGGAGCCGUGGCCCCGCCCCCCGCCCACUUCGCGCGAAUGGCGGGAAAUUUCGAGUGGAGAUUCCGAUUUAGUCGAUGCGUCCGGUGGCAUGACACGGCUGAUGACGGGCGGUUUACAGAGUUUGCCCGAACGAGCCAUGGCUGCGGGUCGAAACGGCUCGUUGUGGAACUUAGAUCAGAAUGAAUUUUCUGAUCCACCCCUGGGAGCUGUGGCUCUUCGUCACCGGAACGAAAACCAAAUCAAGAAGUCCAAUGACGAACGACUGCUCGAUCUCGUUGACAAGACAUCGUACCAGAUUGUACAAAGAAACGGACAAAGGAUCUAUGGUGGGCCACCCCCUGGCUGGGUUGGUCCCUCUCCUGACAAGGGCUGUGAGAUUUUCGUUGGCAAAGUCCCCCGUGAUUGUUUCGAGGAUGAACUAGUCCCCAUUUUCUCUCAGAUUGGUCAAAUUUACGAACUCCGUUUGAUGAUGGAUUUUUCUGGCUCUAAUCGCGGAUUUCUGUUUAUUCGUUAUACCUCGUCCGAACAUGCCAAAAUGGCCGUGAAAAAGUUCAAUAAUUACGAGAUUCGGCCCAAUCGUCAUUUGGGCGUUGUGAAAUCUGUCGACAAUCGAAAGUUAUGGAUCAGUGGAAUACCCAAAAAUCAAUCUGCGGAACAAAUAAAGAUCGAAAUGGAACACCUCACAGAGGGUGUUCGGGAAGUGAUCUUGUAUCCCUCUCAAAUGGACAAAUCAAAGACCAGAGGAUACGCUUUUGUCGAGUACGAAUCCCAUCGUCUGGCGGCUUUAGCUCGUCGUAAACUCGUUCCAGGACGAAUUUUUUUACUUGGCCAAGAAAUAGAAAAAGUUGAUUGGGCUGAACCAGAAACUGAAGUGGAUGACGAAGUUAUGAGCAAGGUACGAAUUCUCUUUGUUCGUAACUUGAUGCCAGAAACUUCCGAGAACGAUAUAAAAGAGAAAUUCGAAGAGUUGGGUGGAGAAACCAUUGAACGUGUGAAGAAGAACAAAGAUUAUGCCUUUGUUCAUUUCGUUACUCGUGAAGCCGCAGAAUUGGCUUUGGAGAAAGCCCAGGAUCUGUCAAUGGACGGAGCUCCUCUGCAUGUCACUUGGUCCAAACCUGUAGAUAAAUUGCUCUACAAUCAAAGAAAACAGUUAACCAAGUUGUUCUCUGAAGGAACGCCUUCGAUCUCCCUGAGCAACAAUCUAGGCAUUCCACCUUCAAAUAUCCCAUUUUAUGAAUCCCCUUUGGCCCAACUGAACCCUUUUACUCCGUCCUUCCCUCCUCAUCCAUUGCUGUCUAAUCCAUCGAAUAGAGGUAUACUUCCACGCAAGCGAGGGGCUGCAGGCAUCAGAGGUCUAGGUGCACCAGGAACGGCACCACCUCGUCGUUUGGUGAAAAUGUCUGCCUUCGCCGGUCCUGGUAGUCAUCCUCAACCUUCGCAAUUCGGCAACAAUGGAUUCGGUCUUCAGAAUCCCAUGACCCAUCAGACUUUUCCGUAUGGGUAUCCAGGGCUGACCAACCAUGAUCUGACCUAUCCUCACUAUUUCCCGGCCCCGAUGUUUAGCAAUGGGUAUAUGGACCCAUCUCCUAAUGCAAUGAAUCCCCCGCCUCCUCCCCCUGUCAUGGGAGGAUCUAGUGGUUCGAGUUCGUCCCACGGUUCGCCCAAUCCCGGUAGUAUGAAUCACUUGAAUGAGUCGCACCCUAUGAUGGGCCACACGUUCGAUUCCCAACAUUUGGUGAACGCCAUGCACAAUUUGGCUCUCAACGGAGGCACCUACUGAAUGAUAAUCAACAUGCAAUCGAAUCGAAAGCUCUACGGAUCUCUUGUGAACAGCCCUACGGAUCUAUGAACUACAAACGACUUGGAUCACUAUUGCUACCAACACCCCCACCCACUUUAAAUAGCGACUUAUGAGGGAGUAUUAGUACGAAUCGUUAUGUAAAUAUUCCGAUGUACUCCCUACUGCAACCAACAAUUCACUGAAUAUUUGUUCUUUUUUUACUGUUCAAUAACGAAAAUGUACCCUGUUUGUUUUGUCGCGUAAAUAACAUUCUAUCGUCUCGCAUA